UCCAUGGCUUCUAAAAUUCGAGGGAAAAAUAUCUGGACUUUUUCUUUAAACUCAGAAACUAUACUAGAUGUCAAUUUUCAAGACCUAAAACAUACAACUAUCCCCCAUCUUUCUUCUAAAUUCUUUUAAACCGAUUCAUCUAGAUCUCUACUGUAUAAAGGGAAUCUUUUUGUCAGUAUUAUUCAAAGGGGAAUUCUUAACAUUGGUUAGUUGUAAUGUCUGAUGAAUCAUCUCUUACAACUCUUAACAGUUUAUGAAAUACUUCCACUACUCCAUCUCAGGGUUAAUACCAAACAUUUUUUCUAUAAAAGGCGCAAAGCUUAGUAAGCUAUAUAUAUAUCAAGUACCCUCGAACUCUGAUUCCACCAAGAUAGCUCAAUUUGCCGGCCAGAGAUGGGUUCAGUGGGAGCAAAGAAACCCCAUGCAGUAUGUGUCCCAUACCCCUCACAAGGGCAUGUGACCCCCAUGAUGCACUUUGCCAAGCUCCUGCACUUCAAGGGUUUCCACGUAACCUUUGUCAACACUGAGUUCAACCACAUGCGCUUAAUCCGGUCCAAAGGACCCGACCAUGUGAAGGGCCUACCGGAUUUCAGGUUCGAAACAAUUCCAGACGGGAUGCCACCCUCUGACCGCGAUGCAACUCAAGAAGUCCCGGCCCUGUGUGACUCAACAAGAAAGAACUGCUUGGCCCCCUUCAAAGAGCUUGUACUUAAGCUCAACUCUCUAAAGUCUGAUGAAGUGCCUCCUGUUAGUUGCAUAGUAUCAGAUGGAGUUAUGGGUUUUGGAAGUAAAGUUGCUCAAGAAUUAGGCAUCCCGGAGGCUCAACUCUGGACUGCCUCAGCUUGUGGCUUUAUGGGAUAUCUUACCUUUACUGAACUCAUCAAGAGAGGAAUCAUUCCUUUCAAAGACGAAACUUUCAAAGAUGAUGGGACGCUUGACACACCAAUCAACUGGAUUCCAGGCAUGAAAAACAUCCGGCUCAAGGACCUCCCUAGCUUCAUUAGAACCACCGACAUCACGGAAACCAUGUUCGACUUUAUGGGAUCAGAAGCACGAAAUUGCUUGAAUUCUGCAGCGAUCAUCUUCAACACAUUUGAUGAGUUUGAAUAUGAAGUACUCGAGGCAAUUUCGACCAAAUUCCCUCGCAAUAUUUACAACAUAGGUCCGCUUCCCCUGCUAAGCCGGCAUGUUCCUGAUAGCCAAUUCAAGUCUCUAAGUGCAAGCUUAUGGAAAGAAGACACGAAAUGCCUCCAAUGGCUUGACAAAAGAGAACCCAAUUCAGUUGUUUAUGUGAAUUAUGGCAGCGUGACUGUUAUGACCGAACAACAUCUGAAGGAGUUUGCAUGGGGGCUUGCAAAUAGCAAGCACCCGUUUUUGUGGAUUGUUAGGCCUGAUGUAGUGAUGGGAGACUCUGCAAUGUUGCCUGAAGAAUUCUUUGAGGAGACAAAAGACCGGGGAUUGAUAGCAAGUUGGUGCCCCCAAGAACAAGUGCUAGCACACCCAGCAGUGGGCGUUUUCCUGACACAUUGUGGGUGGAAUUCUACUUUGGAAAGUGUUUGUUGCGGUGUGCCUCUUAUUUGCUGGCCAUUUUUCGCAGAUCAACAACCAAAUUGUCGGUAUAUCUGCACCACAUGGGGGAUUGGCAUGGAGGUCAACCAUGAUGUAAAACGUGAUGAGAUCGAAGCACUGAUAAAGGAAAUGAUGGGAGGGGAUAAGGGGAAGGCGAUGAGGCAAAAGGCAAUAGAAUGGAAGAAGAAAGCAGAGGAAGCUACUGAUGUCGGAGGCUCAUCUUACAACAAUUUCGAAAGAUUGAUUAAGCAAGCUCUGCAUUGGCCAUACAGUGAGUGAAUGUCAAAAAUAUUACUGAAAUACUUUAGACAUAAAAAGAAUAUAUAAAAAUAAAUUCACAAGUUGACGUGAUUUGACGUGAUACGUCAGAUUAUAAAAUUAUUUUUAUUGUAAAAUAAAUUUAAUGAAUUACGUAAAAUCACGUCAAUUUAUAAAAUUAUUUUUAUAUAAUAUCUUUGUGUCUAUAGCAGUUCUUAAAAUAUUAAUAAUUUUGCUAUUAUGGUUACAGCCUCAGUUAUGUAAUGUUGGGUUCUCUAUCUAUGAUCUGUAAUUGAUGGAUAUUGUUUUUGGGAUCGACUUAUAUCGUGUGUAAUGAAAUUCUUGCAAGACCAUCAAA